AUGAUGAAUGAAGAAGGAGCAGGGGCUAGGUUUGAGAAUCUGUUUAAUUCGCAGCUGUAUUACCAGCAGCCAGGAGGAGGGGGGGGUGGGGAUGGUCAGGUUUUUGGACAGCAGCAGAGCAAUCAACAAGGGGCAGGAGAGGGAGCAGGCGCAAAAGGAGGAUCCGGAGGAGGAGGGGUGGCUCAACGGAAUGAAGGAGAUGUAGCGGCGGGUGUAGGGCGGGCUGAUGGUGACAAGAUUGUAGGGAAUGGGAGUAGGAGCUGGAACCCUAGCCAGACUCGAGUUUUUGAUGUGUUCCUGAGUAACAGCCCUAAAAUGAGGCGGCAACCUGAUAUAUUUGCUUAUGGUGCCAGUAAGACUGGGGCAAGGAGUGCUGAGGUAGUUGAACGGGAGGAUAAAAACGAGGUUCAACAGCGGGGUGCGGAACAACAGGACGAGAAUUAUGACCAGGGAGAGGGUGCUCCUGGGUUAACAUUGAUCAACACUGGUCAGGGUCAGCGGGUGAGGUUACCUGCGACUGGUGGUGGGUUUAUCAGUAAGAGGCUUGGGGUUAAGAAACUGCGGAAUCUGUCGCUGCCCUUAAAUCAAACACAGGCUCAGUCUGGAAGCAGAGGUGGCCUAGUCCAUGAUACUCCGCCAGCUUCAGCGUUGAGUGGGGAAGCGGAUGAAAGCGGAGGAGGGCCCAUGUCUUCGGGCACGGAUCAUUCGGAAUCUCUUGGGAUGCGAUCGAACUCGUUACCUACACCGCUGACCACGGGGAAUCAAGGUGAUAAAUGGCCACCCCAGGUGGAAUCAGCAUUUUUGUCAGCUUUAAAGGUGAUUAUGAAGAAUGGUACUUCCAAGAUCAAGCUGAGGGAGAAGAACUAUGGAAGGAACGAGUUAAUUUCGCUGUUUAUCAAACACCGGUGUGGAGAGGCUCGCACAAAGAAGCAGAUAUCUUCACAUAUCCAGGUUUGGAAGAAGUCGAUUUUGAAUAAAGUGUCUAACAGCAUUGAGACGAACGAGUUCGAGAAGGAGUUACUAAAUCUCAUCGAACAUGGCGCAUCACAGACAAAUGAAAAUUGGAGACUGUUUGAGGAUACGUUCAACGAGAUCUUGGACGCCGAGGAAUCCAACACGGAAGGAUCUCUAAGUAGCGAGCGUAGUACGCCUAGAGGAGCCUCGGGCCUUAUUGUAAACUCUCCAUUUUUGACCGGUGUCAGUGGUAUUCCUCAGCAACCAUUACUUCUGGGCCCUAUGGAAUAUAAGAAAGAACCUACAACACCGUUGGAAUAUGCACAAGAAAUAUAUAGCCAUUUGAAGUCUUAUAAGUGCGUGCCGGUGAAUACGGAGAGGCAGUUGUAUUCGCCAUCAUUCCCCCCAGCUGCUGCUAGUACUCGAACUCCUGCGUCUGCCGUUGUUUCUGUAGGCAAUGAAGACUCACACAAAAGGAUAAUAGAGGCCGCCAAGGAAGUUGAGUCGCAGCAAAGAAGGCUUAUUGAAGAGCUGUUCCAUCAACAACAAUAUCAGAUCAAACAAAGGUCCUCAAUGAAGGCUCCUGCGUCUUCCCCUGGUGGGUUUGCUUCUUCUCGCAUUGAAGAACAAACCCGUGGACCUUACUCUGCUACCUACUCCUCAAACGGUAAACCCAUGACCAGGUUCUACGGUGUGCCUCCACAACAAAGAUACGGCUACCCUAUGCUACAGCAGAUGAACUUCAAUACAUGGAUUCCCCGGAUGUCGCCUAAAACACACGGUUACCUUCCACAACAGCAAUCCAUACCACCACAAUCUGUGUUACAACAGUCUCAGAACACUCAUCAACGUAUGCAGACUCCUCAACUACAGCAACAAAGUCAACAUCAGCAGAUCCAGCAGCACAUACAGCAACAGAGGGGCCAACAACAGCAGCCUCAGCAGCAGUUACCGCUAAAGGAUUCACGACAGCCAUUACUUCAACAACAACAACAACAACAGCAACAGCAGCAGCAGCAACAACAACAACAACAACAACAACAACAACAUUCACAGCUACGGUCGUCCUCUCACCAAUCACCACAGUCGCAUCUAAGAAAGCAACAACCACGAGAAAUCAAACAACAACCACGAGAAAUCAAACAACAACCACUAGAAAAACAUACGCACUCAUCACAACGGUCGCAACCUUCGCCACAACGGCAAUCGAUACAACCUCAAACCCAAGGACCACAGACGCAUGUGUCCCCCCAACAGAGCAUACCGCUCCCACAGCAGCAGACCGUUGUUUCUCUUGAAGCUCAAGAAUAUUCUGAUGACGCCUCUCGGUCAGGAUAA